GUUUUAGGCGGUCGAUUCGUAGUCAUUGGAUGACCUCAGGUCGGCCUUGAGCGCCCUUCCAAUCUUCAUGAAAGUAGUUCUGCAACCGACUGAGCUUAAAGUGCUGGUCCGUGCCAUAAAUUCACUUGGAAAACUAGGACAUGAGGUUUACUUUGAAUGUGGUCUAAAUGACUUAAAGAUCAAAACAGUCAACACUUCAAGGUCGGCUUUUGCUUCUGUCCAUUUUAGAGAAGUGUUUUUUGACAAGUUUACAAGUAGCGUUCAUGGCGGGUCUCUGCAACGCUUUAAAAUCCCUAGUCUUUCAUGUUUAAACGUUUUUAGACUAACCUCUACAUUGGAGAGGUCCAUCCUCAAAUGCAAGAUGUUCUUAUCUGACCAGGAUACAGUUUUGACUGUUCAGUACUUCUGUAAAUUUGGAAUCGUUAAGACCUACAAUAUGUCAAUUAUCGAUUGUGAGCAACUAGAAGCUGUUUACUCUAUAGAAGGAAGCGCUAAUCAUUUGGUUUUAUCAGCACGUUUACUUGGAGAAAUUAUAAACAAUUUUCGUCUGUCUUCUGAAGAGCUGACAAUUCUUUUGGAUUCGGGCGAAUGUACUUUUCAGAAUCACACAUUUCAAACAGGUUUUUAUCUACUUACCUUAAUAUUUUUUACAGAUCCUUCCGUGAUAACAACACAGAUUCCUCUAAAUGCUACUGAAUUCGAUGUCUACCAAGUUCAUUCAAAAUGUGAAGUCACAUUCUGCCAAAAAGAAUUACGGGUUAUUUUGUCAUUUUGUGAGCUGAUUUCUCCUAUGGUAAGAAUUUACUGUGACCGACCGGGCAAACCAAUAAUAUUUGCUUGUACUCAUGAGACAAGGCUCAGUGCUCGGUACGUGUUUGCGACCUUUCCUUCAGAUGGAUCCUCAACCCCGAAUUCUCAACGUUCUGAGUGUAGCCGACGUUUGUUAUCAAUCAGAACUCCUGUCCCGAUGCAACAUUUAAAUACUUUACCAACGGAUGAGAACUUUCAAAGUGACAAUACUGUACUAAUGAAUAAAGAAAGUAAUCCAAGUAUUGUUUCAUCGAGGAAAUGUAUACUGUCUCAAACAAAUGACUCUGACACUCAAGUUGUUCAAUCGCAAGGAAAGUUAUCUUUUAAAAAUGAUCAAAACAAUUCUGUAAGAGUAAAACGAGCGGUAUCUGAUCCAUAUCAAGAUCAUAACCCCUGUGACGAAAUCCCUUCUAAAAAGGUUCGUUCUUUUCUUUUGUCAAAUUUUCAAGCCAAAGAUAAUGUUAGUGUAGGUGAUUUGAAAGAUAACACAAAAACAACUGUACUACAUCAACCUACUUUAUGGAAUCAAACAGCAUUUAAAUCAAGUGAUUUAAGUUCCGUUAUGAAUCAAACAUCUACAUUAGGCGGGCAAACUGUACUUGUUGCUGAUUCAGACAAUGACGAUUAAUGUACCAUUUCCUGUGGUGAUAAUAUUAACUCACUAUGUACAGAUCUUUAUUUUAAUAUGUAUAAUCUUAAUAUUACAAUUUUGCCUAGAUUAAUAAUUGAAUUCCAACAGAUCUUCUAUUACAACAUAUCGCUUAUAACAAUAGCGAAUGAGUGUAUCAGAAUGAAAUAAAUAUUAUUUUCAGUGA